CCGCCUCCGCCCUUCCCUCCGGGUGCUGGGCCGUGAGCGGCUGCGAAGGCGCGCGCCGCCUCCCUCCGCUCCACACCUCCGCGGAGCGGGCGCAGCCGCCGGACCCCGCACUAUUUUCUACGGCGGAGGCGGCGCGGGGUGCAGGGACCGGUGCUGCCGUCGCGGCGGCGGGGCGCACCUCGGGAGGGGCGGCGCGGUCGUCCCGUGCGGGCAGGGCUGCUCGCCCGGCCCCGCCUUCCCCUCCGCUCAGGUGCGGGACGUCCGCUCGGACCGCGCAAACUUUCUCCGCGCGUACGGGAGGCGGUCCUCCCCUUCCACCGAGCCGAGCCGCGGACCCCGGCCGCCCGAGGCAUGGGCCCGGCCCCGGGGCGCGCAGGGGCGCUGCUGCUGCUGCUGCCGGUGCUGCUGCUGUGUCUGCGCGCCGAGCCGGCGAGCGCGGGUGGAAAGAAGUCUUACAGUGGACCAUGUGGAGGACGCGACUGCAGUGCUGGAUGCAAAUGUUUCCCAGAGAAGGGUGCCAGGGGUCGGCCAGGACCAAUUGGGGUUCAAGGACCAAUAGGUGCUCCUGGAUUUACUGGUCCAGAGGGUUUGCCAGGAGCAAAAGGUGAGAGAGGAGCAGUGGGCCCCCCUGGACCAGCUGGGCACAAAGGCAACAAGGGUUCAAUGGGAGUUCCAGGAUUUCAAGGCAUCAAUGGGAUCCCAGGUCACCCUGGCCAGUCUGGACCCAGGGGUCCACCUGGCCUCGAUGGCUGCAAUGGAACCAUUGGGAGUCCUGGUGUUUCUGGGGCAGAUGGAUUUCCCGGCAUACCCGGGCUGCCGGGUCGUCCUGGCCCCAAAGGUCUGAAAGGAGAACCUGUUUUCGCUCAAGGCAGCCUUAAAGGAAUGAAGGGAGAAAACGGUCUUCCUGGUUUGGAUGGUAUUUCUGGCUCCAAAGGUUUUCCAGGUCCAACAGGUCCUGCAGGCCCUAUAGGAUUACCAGGUUUGCAAGGUCCAGUGGGUCCUCCUGGGCCACCAGGUCCAAAAGGUAAUAUGGGAUUAGGCUUUCAAGGAGAGAAAGGAGAAAAAGGUGAUGUAGGACUGCCUGGCCCUCCGGGUCCCCCUCCAUCGACUGGAAUACUAGAAUUCAUGGGAUUCCCAAAAGGGAAACAAGGAGAAAAGGGUGAGCCAGGCCCUCAAGGAUUGCCUGGAGACAAAGGAUUGCCUGGACUGCCGGGCUUUGGUGGUGUUGGAGAAAAAGGAGAAAAAGGUGUGCCUGGUUUGCCAGGUGGCAGGGGUCUUUUGGGGCUGGAUGGAUCUAAUGGCAUUCCAGGGAGAAAGGGUCAUCCAGGUAUUCCAGGCUAUCCAGGACUGGAUGGAGUUGAAGGCACAAAGGGUGAAGUAGGUGACAUUGGUCCCCCAGGCCCUCCUAUCAUUGUUGACAAGGAAGGUGUAGUAAUUUCAGGUGCCCCAGGUGACCCUGGAAACCCAGGAAUACCUGGUCCUCCAGGAGAUGAAGGGAUCAGUGGCCUACCAGGCUUUCCAGGAGUUCCAGGGUUUCCAGGCCUGGAGAGAGAUGGAAUGGGCCCUGGAGGGUCUCCAGGUAUUCCUGGUGUGAAAGGUGAAAUGGGAGAACCAGGAAGAGCAACAGUUGGAUCACCAGGCGCUCCAGGAAGAGAUGGUUUGCCUGGUCUGCCAGGAGCACCAGGAUUGCCUGGGUCAUCACGCCCUUCAUUUCUCCCAGAUGGGAUCCUGGAUGGAAGGACUGGUGCCCCAGGGGAGCCUGGACAAAGAGGACUUCCAGGAGCUUUGGGUCCAAAAGGUUACAAAGGAGAUGCAGGUGAUUGUGCUUGUGAUGGAGGAAUUACAAGAGCAGGUCUAAAAGGCAUCUCAGGUCCACAGGGUCCACCAGGAAGUCGUGGUGUGCCUGGGAUUAAAGGUGUUAGUGGAGACCCAGGCACUGUGGGUGCACCAGGACUGCGAGGCCCUCUGGCUUCAGCUGGCCAGCAAGGUCUUCCAGGCCAUAAGGGAGAAAAAGGUGAUUCAUCCUAUGCAACAGGCAGAGGUGCUCCUGGGGACCGUGGUGCCACUGCACCCAUAGGACCAUCAGGCUUCCCAGGAACUCCUGGCAGGGAUGGACUUCCAGGUUUGCCAGGCCCACCAGGUCCACCAGGUGAUGGUGGGCUAGGUUUCCCUGGUGAAAAAGGUCUGCCAGGAUUACCUGGCUCCAAAGGCCGUCCUGGAGAGAUCGGUUCUCCUGGCAUUGGGUAUCCUGGCCCUGCUGGACUUCGUGGGCCGCCAGGUGACCCAGGGAUGGAUGGUUCUCCAGGACAAGCAGGUCUGCCAGGCCCUCCGGGUAUCACCUUGCCCUGCAUAGUUCCUGGAGCAUAUGGUCCUCCUGGGACUCCCGGCCUUCCUGGGUUGCCAGGUCCCAAAGGCAGCAAAGGCUUUCCUGGCAUUCCGGGGCAGCCUGGAUUACAUGGAUCUAAAGGACAGCCAGGGUCUCCAGGAAUAAUUAGCUUGCAAGGGGAACCUGGUUUCCCUGGACCUCGAGGAGAGCAAGGGUCACAAGGACUUCCAGGAUUGGAUGGGACAGAUGGUUUGCCUGGGAAGAUGGGUGCUUCAGGCUUAGCUGGAACUAAGGGAGCUCCUGGAGAUGUAUUUGGUGCUGAGAGUGGAGCUCAGGGGGAGCGUGGCCGACCUGGGCUCUCAGGGGAUAAAGGACUUGCAGGUGAUCUUGGGUUUCCAGGACCAAAAGGGCUGGAUGGCAGACCAGGCCUCCUAGGUGUUAAAGGCGAGCUGGGUAAUCCAGGGUAUUCAGGUGUCCCUGGAUUGCGGGGACCUCCUGGUCCUGGAGGUCCUUUUGGCAUUAAGGGCAAACCAGGACCACUGGGAUCAGCUGGCCUUGCAGGAGCACCAGGACUUCCUGGAGUCAAAGGAGUGACUGGGGAUGUAGGUCCUCAAGGCCCUGCUGGUAUGAAAGGCUUCCCAGGGCUUGAUGGUGCUCCUGGACCUCCUGGGGAAAGAGGAUUCUUAGGACCACCUGGACCUUUUGGUCAAGAUGGACGUCCAGGUUUCUUUGGACCAAAAGGUGAAAAGGGAUCUUCUGGCCUCCUUGGUUUCCCAGGCAUGCCAGGCCUGCCUGGUGUCCCUGGGGUCAAUGGGAUUAAAGGAACUCCUGGCACAGUGGGAGAAAAAGGAAGCCCUGGAGUUCUGGGACUUCAAGGUCAAAAAGGUGACAGAGGUGAUGUAGGUCCACCUGGUCUUCCUGUUCUUGGGGCUCAAGAGCAGGCACUGCAAUUGAAAGGAGACAAAGGAGAUCCUGGAUUAGCUGGACUUGGAGGAUUCCCAGGACCCAGAGGUGAUAAAGGAAUCCCAGGAAGCCGUGGACAGCCUGGUCUUCCUGGACCUGUUGGGUCAGCAAGCAGAGAGAGAGGUUUUCAUGGUGACCAAGGCCUCCCUGGUCCAUCUGGACAGCUUGGGCUGCCAGGACAGAAGGGUGCACGUGGUAUAAUAGGAUUUCCAGGAAUGCCAGGAGAGAGGGGUUCAGAUGGUAUCACAGGAAUACUUGGAUUCCCAGGACCUAUUGGCCUCCCUGGUCCAAAGGGUGACCAGGGAGAGUCUGCUGGUGUUCCUGGCACUGCUGGAGUUAAAGGAGAGCGAGGGGACCCAGGAUUCCCAGGAGAGAGAGGGAGAGAAGGACUCAAGGGUGAAUCAGGCUACCCAGGAAGCACUGGAGUGAACGGGAUUAAAGGUGGCCCAGGAGAUCUUGGCCAAGAAGGACCAGCAGGAAUCCCUGGAAAUGCUGGACUAAGAGGGUUCUCUGGGCCACCGGGGCCUCCAGGGCAGCCUGGAUCUGUUGGAUUCCCAGGAGCUCGUGGAACAGCAGGACCAAAAGGGUUCCAUGGAUUUCCAGGUUUAAAUGGUCUGAAUGGCUUGCCGGGCACAAAAGGGUCUCCUGGAACACCAGGUCUGAGUGAAGUUGGACUGAAAGGCCCUGCGGGUCUCCCUGGUCUGAAGGGUGAGGAAGGUUCUCCAGGCUUGGGUAGAGGAGCUGUAGGAUUCCCAGGGCCAAAAGGCUCAUCAGGAGACAUGGGUCCCCCAGGUCCUGUGGGACUGCCUGGCUUGCCAGGAACUCCUGGAGUUUCUCUUCCUUCUGAUAUACGUGGGAGACCUGGGGAUGCUGGCCAUCCAGGACUUGAUGGGAGUUCAGGCCUUCCAGGUCCUCCGGGACCACGAGGGCCCCCUGGACCAGCUUUUGACCAAGGCGACACAGGCAAUCCGGGUUUCCCUGGUGUUCCUGGCUUGCAAGGUGGUAAAGGUGAUGUGGGACCUCCUGGUCCCAUUGGACUCCCUGGUGUAUCUGGAUUCAAAGGUGUCAGAGGCGAGCCUGGUCUUAUGGGGAUGCCAGGUAAAGAUGGGCCUCCAGGGGAUCCUGGUUACCCUGGGCUGAAAGGUGAAAUGGGACGCCGAGGUCUCCCUGGCCAACCAGGGGCUCCAGGUGUAACCCCACAGGCAGAAGAAAUCACAGCCCCUGCAGGCUUACCGGGUCUGCCAGGGAUUGAUGGUGUUCCUGGCUUUGACGGAGAUCCUGGAUUCCAGGGCCCGGUUGGAAAGCCAGGUGCAAAGGGCCUGCCAGGCAGAUCUGGUUUGAAAGGACGUGACGGUUUACCUGGAUCACCUGGCAUAGCUGGUGACCCGGGACCUUUGGGUGCCCCAGGACCUCAGGGAUUUGAAGGUGCCGCUGGAAAGCCAGGCGCGCUCGGCUUGCCGGGAAUGCCUGGUCGGAGCGUGGGUGUCGGGUACACCUUGGUGAAGCACAGCCAGUCAGACCAAGUCCCGCCUUGUCCUGUUGGCAUGAACAAGCUCUGGGAUGGCUACAGCUUGUUGUACGUGGAGGGGCAGGAAAAAUCACACAACCAGGAUCUCGGUUUUGCUGGCUCUUGUUUGCCCCGCUUCAGCACUAUGCCUUUUAUUUACUGCAACAUCAAUGAAGUGUGCUACUAUGCCAGCCGAAAUGACAAGUCCUACUGGCUGUCCACCACCGCUCCCAUCCCCAUGAUGCCAGUGAGCAGCAGUCAGAUCCCACAGUACAUCAGUCGUUGCUCCGUGUGCGAAGCACCAUCCCAGGCUGUGGCUGUGCACAGCCAGGAUAUCACCAUCCCUCAGUGUCCCCUUGGUUGGCGCAGCCUCUGGAUAGGAUACUCCUUCCUAAUGCACACAGCAGCUGGUGCCGAGGGUGGAGGUCAGUCCCUUGUCUCACCUGGUUCUUGCCUGGAGGAUUUCCGUGCUACACCCUUCAUUGAAUGCAAUGGUGCCAGAGGAACGUGCCACUACUUUGCAAACAAAUACAGCUUCUGGCUGACCACUGUUGAGCAGUCGCAGCAGUUUGUUGGUGCUCCUCCCUCCGAAACUCUGAAAGCAGGACAGCUUCGGACGAGGGUCAGCCGCUGCCAAGUGUGCAUGAAGAACUUGUAACAGAAAUGCAAACAGCAGGAGCAGUCUUUGUUACCUGAGAGUAGGCAUCGCUGAUGUGAAGGAGAUAAAUUCAUAAACCUGUGUUGUGUGUGGUUAAUAAAGGAAUCAAGAUGCCAGAACUCCACAAAAAUCGAAUGUCAAAUCCAGGACUCCACACACAAGGGAAAGAUCGGUGCUCAGAAAGCCAUUCUAUGGAUCAUGGUGCUAUGCUAUUUCUCUGCUGUUGUUUGGGGCUUCUUCAUUCAUGGCUACCUCAGAAAGUCUCUAGGAGUUCUUUAUUCAGUCCGAAGCAUAACUGGCAUCUCACAUAUACCACUGCCCUGAGCAAGGCGCGCACCAACCACCACGAGACACAUCUGCAAAGCUGUGCUUUGUUGGCAUCUUUGCAAACAGUGCCUGGCCUAGUGCAAGGGAAUGGGCACACAUUCUCCUAUGAAAUGCAGAACUGCCCAAAUGUUGUAAUGCAUUGU